AUGGCGACACCUUCAAUAGACACCAACAAUCCGGUCUACUUCUGGAAACCAGAAGGAGACGUUGGGUUUUUGGGACAGUGGUGGCCAUCCUCAUUUUCAUGGGACCAUGAUGGGGAAAGAUACACAUACGCAAAUGCAGAACAAUAUAUGAUGCAUCGCAAAGCAGUCCUCUUCGCUGGUCCAGACCAUCCAAUCACACAAGAACUCCAGAAGGGUUGGAAGUUACAGCCAAGGACAAUCCGUGAUCUAGGCCGAAAGAUCCCCAACUUUUCCCAAGAAGUGUGGGAACAGCAUCGAUUCGGUAUUGUUGCUGAAGGAAGCUAUCUGAAAUUUUCGCAAAAUAAGGACCUCAAAGAGAAGUUGCUGGCGACUGGCAACCAAGAGUUGGUAGAGGCUAGCCCGCGAGAUAGAAUCUGGGGUGUUGGGUUUGGAGCGAAAAAUGCGGGUGACAACCGAAGUAGGUGGGGGUUGAAUUUACUGGGGAAGGCCCUUAUGGAGGCAAGAGGGAGGCUGUUGGAAGAGGAGGCAGUCAAGAAGUGA